GCACGUGUUGACUUUGUUUUUAUUUAGUCUUACUCUGGAAAUAUAAUUUUUUAACAUGUCCGACUUUGAAUUACAAGACAGUGGCUCAGAAUACGAUUCCGACGACAAUUCUGAUGCUGAGCUGCAAGCGGCUUUCGAGCGUGGCGAACUAAAACCUGGUCUCAAUGUUGAAUUCAGCGGACAGCGCGAUAAAGUUAAUGAUAUUACUAAACUAUUAGCCAAAACACAUGCCAUACGCCUCGAGCUGCCAUGGCUGGAGCGCCUGGACAUGGUUAACAGUCUAGCGCCUUUGGCACCCGAGCUGGCUGUGCAGCUAGAGAAGCACGAACAGAAGCGUGCCAAUCAAUUCAAAGGCAAUGCUAAAAUACCCUAUGUACGCCCUGAAGAGGAUCCGGUGCUGAAUGAUUUUAAGCGCGAAAUGCUCUUUCAUCGCCAGGCACAGAGCGCUGUGAUUGAAGGCAUCCAGCGGCUGCAGGAGCUUGGCAUCAAGACACGUCGUCCCGAUGAUUAUUUUGCUGAAAUGGCCAAGUCCGACGAGCAUAUGCAAAAGGUCCGUGCCAAUCUAAUGGCCAAACAGCAGGGACAGGCCAAAUCAGAACGCAUUAAACAAAUACGCGAACAGCGUAAAAUGGGCAAAAUGCUGGCCAAGCAGACCAAGGUGCAGCGCGAGGCCGAAAAGAAAGAGAUGCUCGAUAAGCUGAAAAAGUUCCGCAAGGGCAAACUAAAAAACCUGGACUUCCUGGAGGAUGCCAAGGCGCUGGAAUCCAAGCAAAAGCAGUCGGCGGAUAAACGCAAGCAACGCAACAAAAGGUUCGGGUUUGGUGGCAAAAAGAAGGGUCUGAAACGCAACACCAAGUCCUCUGCAGCUGGGCUCGAGUCGGAAAAGUCGACACGUCGCCAGCGCGGCGUCAAAGCGGGCGCCUCUGUCAACAAGCGGCUGGGCAAAUCCAGGCGCAUGAAGGCAAAGGGCAGAAAGUGAAUGAGUAUCGUCUAGCUUAUGAUAAGAUGACCCAAAACUAGAUUUUAAAAAAUGGCUCUGUUAGAUUUAUUAUAACUAAAUACAUUUUGUAUG